AUGACGCGCGCCACGCAGACCAUCAGCAUUGGCAUGCUCCUCACCUCCAUCUACCUCUCACUGUUCCUCCAAGUCGUCCCGCUGCCUCAGAAGAUCCAAGAGGAGAUUGUCCCUUUCCUACCCUUCUGGGCCCUCAUCUCUUUCGGCGCAUACCUUCUCUUCAAGCUCGGCUGGGGAGUCUUCACCUUCAACGACGUACCGGACGCGCACAAGGAGCUCAUGCAGCAAAUAGCGGAGGCGCGGAAAGACCUUCAGGCAAAGGGCGUGGAUGUCGGCGAAGAUUAG